AUGGCGCCCUCAGUCGCAGAAGUAUUACCAAGCACCUCCGAGCUGAAGGAGAAGGCAGAGCAAAAGCUCAGUCGAGCUUACGACUCGGCUCAACACGCAGCAUACAAGUACACCAAUUAUUUGCCAGUGUACGAUGAGACUACAACGUUUCCACCAACUGAACCCUUCGAGUUCGUCGACAAGGGGACCCUGGCCGACAAGGCCAAGCCCCAUCUUCUUGGGCUGAAGGACCCUAACGUGGUUGUUACGAAGCUCACUCCUCGCGUCGGCACGGAAAUUACCGGUCUUCAGCUCUCCCAAUUGACAGAUGAGCAGAAGAACGAGCUAGCUCUGCUGAUUGCCGAGAGAGGUGUCGUUGUCUUCCGAAACCAGGACUUCAAGGAUAUUGGUGUCGAAAAACAGAAAGAAUUUGGCCAGUACUUUGGCCGCCUUCAUGUUCACCCCGUCGGAGCUCACGUCGAGGGCGCCAUCGAAUUCCACAAUAUUUACCUAGGUCCGGACAACUUGUACCGGGCGCAACGACGCUCCGAGAAAUUGACUACUACCGGAUAUCAUUCCGACGUCUCUUAUGAACAUCAGCCUCCUGGAAUCACACUUCUCACUCUACUGGCGGUACCAUCCACCGGUGGCGACACGGCCUGGACGUCUCAAGUCGCGGCGUAUGAAAGACUUUCGGAGCCAAUCAAGACGCUCCUAGAAGGAUUGCGUGCCGAACACAGCGGUUAUCCCCAAGCGGAAAAUGCCCGCCGAGAUGGCAAAUUCGUGAGGCGCGAGCCCGUAUUAUCCCAACACCCAAUUGUGAGGGUGCACCCAGCGACUGGCCAGAAGGCGCUCUUCGUUAACCCCGGCUUCACGAAGAAGAUCGUGGGGCUAAAAUCGGAGGAGUCCGAUGCGAUCCUUCAGCUACUCUUCAAGCACAUCUCCAACAGCGCGGAUGUCCAAGUUCGUGUGAAGUGGGAUGACCGAACCGUCUCACUUUGGGAUAACAGAGUUACGGCGCACACUGCUAUAUCCGACUAUGACGUCCAUAACGAGGAAGAAGGUCUGCGCCACGGAUUCCGUAUCACCACCCUCGGCGAACGCCCGGUGGGAGUAAACGGCCUUGAAACGGUGUGGUAAAGUUGAUGAUCAGCUUAAUUUACUAUUAGUAAUCUAAAUUGAGUAAUUUGAAUUGAAAUUUGCAAGAGAUAUAACAGCGAUAUCCUCGGUCGGGAAUUGCCUCUGCAUUUUCAACCCUGAUCGAACGAUUGGAUCUUAGCGCCCGAGAGUGCACUAUUAACUUUACUGUGGACAUUCAGUUCAAACUUCGCAGCUAUCAUGGAAUUAAAGUUGCUAAGUUGAAUUGAAAGUAAUUUAAAUAAGAAUCGGGAUGGAUGCACUGAACUUACUCACAUAUGCCGUGAGGCUUAUGUAUCCCAUCUUCUCACCAAUCUCUCAUCACUCACUCUCCCCCUUUUCACCCAACCACGCCAUCACCUGGGUAGAAGCACCGUUCACAUCAUUCCGUACCCAUAUCCUAAAAUCGACAAUUCCCUCUCUCAUCUUAUCCGGUUCCAUGGUUUCAAAAUUGUGUUCAGUAUACCCUUCAAACAUCUCCCUAGUGCGGGGGAAAGCUGCGUCGUAGGGGAACAGAAC